AUGCUGCCUGACUCCCUUCGCUCUGAGCCGCAUAAGCUCUCCUUGCCUAGUGGUAGUGAAAGCAACUCAGCAAGGCUUUGCUCUGCUCAGCAGGCUGCUGUUUGCUGCAGAUGCAAAACAGAAAUCCAUCCUUCUACUGCCUACUUACCACCAGGAAGGUUAUAUGUCUUCUUGCCUCUUGUUCCUUCUGCCAAACCUGUUUUCUCAAAAGGAAGCUCUGUUCUGCUGCUAGCAAUGCAUCCUAAGACAUGGCUAUGCUGGUGUUGCCCUGCUUUCUGUGUAUGGGCAUUCGUGUUCACAUCCUUGAUUAAAGAUACCACAGCCUGCGAAUCAGAGGAACGGUUAUUUCACAAACUCUUCUCCCAGUACAACCAGUUCAUUAGGCCAGUGGAAAAUGUGUCUGAUCCUGUCACUGUGUAUUUUGAACUGGCCAUCACCCAGCUUACAAAUGUGGAUGAAGUCAAUCAGAUUAUGGAAACAAAUUUGUGGCUGAGACACAUUUGGAAUGACUACAAACUGCGAUGGGAUCCCAGACAAUAUGAUGGCAUUGAAUUUGUUCGGGUACCAGCAGAUAAAAUUUGGAAACCAGAUAUUGUCUUGUAUAAUAAUGCUGUGGGAGAUUUUCAAGUUGAAGGCAAGACCAAAGCCCUCCUUCGCUAUGACGGAAUGAUCACCUGGACCCCACCAGCUAUUUUUAAAAGCUCCUGUCCUAUGGAUAUUACUUUUUUCCCAUUUGAUCAUCAGAACUGUUCACUCAAAUUUGGCUCAUGGACCUAUGACAAGGCCAAAAUUGAUCUUCUGAUCAUUGGAUCCAAAGUAGAUAUGAAUGACUUUUGGGAAAAUAGUGAAUGGGAAAUAGUUGAUGCUUCUGGCUACAAACAUGAUAUCAAAUAUAACUGCUGCGAAGAGAUCUACACAGACAUAACAUAUUCUUUUUAUAUUCGAAGGCUGCCAAUGUUCUACACCAUAAAUCUGAUCAUUCCCUGUCUUUUCAUCUCAUUCCUGACUGUGUUAGUUUUUUACCUGCCAUCUGACUGUGGUGAGAAAGUUAAUCUUUGCAUCUCAGUGCUUCUUUCUUUGACUGUAUUUUUACUGGUGAUCACAGAAACAAUCCCAUCCACCUCUUUAGUAAUUCCCUUAGUUGGUGAAUAUUUACUCUUCACAAUGAUAUUUGUGACUCUGUCAAUUGUCAUCACAGUGUUUGUCCUCAAUAUACAUUACAGGACUCCAAUGACACACACAAUGCCCAAAUGGGUAAAAACCGUCUUUCUCCACCUGCUCCCCAAAGUCCUGUUGAUGCAGAGGCCACUAGAACAGCAGAAAAAAAACACCUCCAGCAAAACCAAGAAAGUAUCAGACAGUAAGUUGGGCAAGUCAAAGCACAGCAAACACAAAGACACCAAAUUGCACAAGGAGCAGCGGUGCAGUCACUGUGAUCAGGCAACUGAACUCCGUACCACCAAAAGACAGCUGAGCCAUCAGUCUCUGAGAUGGAUGGCAGAGCACAUGGAGUACUCUCCAGAGGUGAAGGACGUCAUCAGCAAUGUCCAGUUCAUCGCAGAGAACAUGAGAUCUCAAAAUGAAACCAAAGAGGUGGAAGAUGAUUGGAAAUAUGUAGCUAUGGUGAUAGACAGAGUAUUUCUCUGGGUAUUUAUAAUCCUGUGUGUGUUUGGGACUGUAGGGCUCUUUAUCCAGCCACUAAUAGCAGAAACAUAACUCAAUCCGUUCUUUUUAUCCACUUUUGCUCUUGUUUCGUUUUCGGUUCAUAGAAAUUUACCUUCUAUUGCUCUCCUCUAACAUCAUGCCUCUGCUCACCACCUCAUCAGCACCCAGCCACAGAAGCUCCCAGAACAAUAAAGUAUGCGUUUACAUUUAUGUUUGAAAUCAGAUCUUAAGCAUUUAAUCAUAUUUGAAGACAAAUGGACUUAAAGUUAGAAUGUGGUUACCAUGUGAGGCAUACACAUUUGAAAGCUUCAUGCCUCUAAAAUCUUUUAAAAUUAGUUUGAUCUGCCACUUACUUUUCCAUGUAAGGGGACCAAAA